AUGACUGAGACACCCGAUCUGUCUGCUCAACUCGCUGCUCUUACUGCCCAGAUGAAUGAAGAACGCGAGAAAAUGAGGAGGCUCGAAGCUGAGAAUGCUGACCUGCUCGUACGAAUGGAGGCCAUGUCCUCUCAAGCCACUGAGGCUCAGCCAUCCUGCUUCCGAGGCCUAGUCAGCCCUAUGCAACCUCUGGGAGACCUCACUCCUAUCUCUAACAGUGAUGGACCGAAUCGGACAAUUCCAUCACCCUCGAUAACCAUGACUGAACAUGGACAUUCAUCUACGCCCAGAUCACAACAGAUUCUAGGAGUCAGGCAACUUCCAAGAGCCAGUCAGCCAGCCACUGGACUCGGACAGCAGCAGGUUCCAAGUUUUAAUCAGCCUACCAUUGGAGCCAGCCAGACCAUCAUUGGAGCUAGUCAGAAUAUACCUGAGCAGCAGACAAUCGGAUUGAAUCACCCAGUCAUGAGCGAGCCAAUCCGCCAAGCAACCACAAGCUCAUUUCCAAUCCAAGUUCCUGACUUGGCUCGAAAGUUAGCUGAGAUUGAGGCGCUCAUUCAACGGAUUCCUGAGAUACCAGCUCCAAUUAAGAAGAGUGCAGCAAGCUGUUAUGCAGGCUCUCCAUUCAUAGACGACAUUGCACUAGUGGAAAUUCCAAAGAAGUUCAACUUCCCAAAUAUGAAGAUGUUUGAUUGGACGUCUGACCCGGAUGACCACAUCGCACAGUAUAGGCAGAGGAUGUUCACCGUUGCCAUCCCACGCGAUUUGAGGGAAGCAUGCAUGUGUAAGGGGCUUGGUUUUAGUCUGAUUGGACCAGCCCUCCAGUGGUAUACUAAUUUACCUAAUAAUUCUAUUUUUACUUUUGCACAAUUGACUAACACUUUUGUUGAGCAGUUUGCUAGUAGCAGGAAACUUGAAAAGUCUGCAGAAGACCUCUACAUCAUAGUUCAACGACGGGGUGAGACCUUACAAGAGUACAUAGGCCGUUUCUAUAACCCAUUGUAA